AUGGUUGUGUUUAUGGGCCGGCACCUCCCCUCGCUCCUCGGGCUCUUUAAGAAAAGGGGUUCCAGCAAAGCAGACAACAAGCAGCCACCAUCGGAUGGACAUCAGGACAAUGUCUUCUUUCCCAGUAGCCGCCCCCCUCACUUGGAGGAGUUGCACUUUCAGGCUCAAGAAGGACUUCGAUCCCUGCAGCACCAAGAAAAGCAGAAACAGAACAAAGAUUGCUGGGACCAUGGAGAUAGUCAAAGCAUCAAGUCGUCCCAAAUGGGCAGCCAGGAUGAAGACAGCGUCUCCUUCUGCAGCCAGAGCACCACUUCCACCAUGGAGAGCUCGGCCGCCGAGGAUGCCCUGUCCAUCCGGUCGGAGAUGAUCCAGCGCAAAGGCUCCACCUUUCGACCUCAUGAUUCGUUCCCCUCCAAGCCAGGGAAGUCAGGCCGGCGCAGGCGAGAAAGGCGCAGCACGGUGCUGGGGCUGCCGCAACACGUGCAGAAGGAACUGGGUCUGAGGAACGGGCACGACCUGCCCGGCACACCCAGGCCUCCGGCUCGCCUCACCAACGGGCACGGCGCGGCGGGGGGGGUGGUCCACAUCCCCACGGUGGAUGGGCAGCCGGCGGUCCCCGGGAGUGGCGUUCCUGGGGUCCGAGUGUCUUUGGUCGCCCUGGAAGCCGGCUCUGGGGACGAGGCGGCCUUACAGCGCCACAUCGAUCGCGUCUACCACGACGACAGCCUCAUCGGCCGAAGGACGGGGGCUCAGCUGUCGCCGCUGGUCCGACCCAAGUCUCUGGCCGUGCCGGGGAUGACGGGCGGGGCGGGGUCCCCGGAGCCCCUGAGCCCGGCCAUGUCCAUCUCGCCGCAGGCCACCUACCUCUCCAAGAUCAUUCCCAACGCGGUCUUGCCGCCCACCGUGGACGUGGUGGCCUUGAGCCGCUGCAGCGUCCGCACCCUGAGCCGCUGCAGCCUCAUGGCGGCCAGCCCGGCCUCCGUGCGCUCGUCCGGCCGCUUCUCCUCCUCCUCUUCCUGCCACCCCCGCAGCCGGCACGCCUCCUCCUCCAGCGACAACUGGAGCCACUCGCAGUCCACCGAAACCAUCGUGUCAGACGGGUCGACGCUGUCGUCCCAGGGGGGCUCGGAAGAGCGGGACGGGCCACCGGCCCGCGAGGAGAGCCGCGCCGCCGGCCGAGAGAGUCCCCGAAGUACGGCGGGGAGCGGGGUUUCCGCGGCCGCGGGCAGCGGGCGGGCUUCCCCCGGCUCGGGCGGCAGGGCGGACGGCUCCGACACCAUCAGCAUCCAGAGCGGACACUCGUCCGUGAGGAGCGUGUCUCUGCGGAAGCUUAAACGGGCCCCGGCACCCCCCCGCCGGACCUACUCCCUCCACCAGCGGGGCUCCGCCGACGGGGCUCCGGGGCUGCCCCCCAAGCCGGAACGGAAGCAGCCGCGGCUGCCCGCUGCUGGCGAGCCUGAGGAGGCGGCCCCCGCGGCCCCGGGCCCAGCUCUGUCUCCCAGCACCUCCCAGCGCCUGGUGGGCUCCCCAGAGCGUACGCUGUCGCCUUCUAGUGGCUAUUCCAGCCAAAGCGGCACCCCUACACUGCCCCCCAAGGGGCUGGCGGGGCCCCCCGCCUCCCCGGGCAAGCCGUCCCCGAGGCCUGUGAAGCCGGAGCGGGUGUGCUCCCUGAGGUCCCCCGGGGCCUCCGUGUCUUCCUCGCUCACUUCCCUCUGCUCCUCUGUCUCGUCCUGUGACCCGGCCCUCGUAGAUAAGGGGGUCCCCGCGCCCUCUCUGGAGGCCGCCUUGCCCCCAGCCAGCCCGGCCGACAGGUUCGUCAUCCCCCCUCACCCUAAGGUCCCGGCCCCGUUCUCUCCGCCGCCCUCGAAGCCCAAGACCCCGACUCCCUGUGCCCCCGCUGCCAGCCCCACCUCUCAUUCUGCUCCUUCCCCCGUCGGGGGGUCAGGCACCCCUGAGAAGUCUAAUAAGGAAUCUCCGACACCACCCAAAGGCGGCUCUCCUCCCCCUUCUCCUCCCCCGUCUUACCACCCACCUCCGCCACCUGCUAAGAAAGGGGAAGCCCCCGCCUCGGCCCCCCUCACUUCUGACAGGGAGGCCUCCCAGGACCCCAGCUGGCCCCCGCCCCCUCCCCCUGCCCCAGAGGAGCAAGAUCUGUCUAUGGCCGAUUUCCCUCCGCCCGAGGAGGCCUUCUUCUCCCCUGCCAGGCCAGAGUCCCCGGCUCCUGUGCGGCUGCGCUCUGUGGCUCCCCCAGCCCUGCCCGCCCCCCCCGCCCCGGCCCCUGCCCCUGCCCCACAGAAGCCCCUGAGGAAGGCUCUCUCUGUACGGGGCGGCCAGGCCUCUGGGCCCUCUGCGGGGCCCUCCACCGGGCCCUCCACCGGCCUUCACGCCGCCAUGCGCCUCAAGGUCUCCAGCCUGGCCUCCUCCGAAGGCCCCCCUAGCCCUCGAUCCAACGGGCCGCCCCAGCCAGAGGCCGCGUCCCCCCGGCCGCAGUCGCCCGCCUCCACCGCCAGCUUCAUCUUCUCCAAGGGUGCCAAGAAGCUGCAGCUGGAGCGGCCCGUCUCCCCCGAGGCCCAGGUUGACCUGCAGCGGAACCUGGUGGCGGAACUUCGGAACUUGUCUGAGCAGCGGGGGCCGCAGCCCCAGAGGAAACCCAGCAAGUGUGCCCCGCCGGUGGCCCGGAAGCCAUCCGCCGGGGUCCCUCCGUCCGCUUCUCCCGGCACCAAGCAGGCCGAGAGCCCCUCGGCCUCCCCUGCCAAUGGGCAUCCCCCCCUGGAGGACAGGACUAAGGGAGAGCUGGCGGAGAACGGAGGCACCGCGCAGCUGGCCGGCCUGGAGCCCCAGCCGCUGAGCCCCGCCGCCUCAGAGAAACAGAAAGAGCUGGUCUGACCUGAGGGAACAACGUUGCUCUGGUACUGCUGACCCAUCCUAAGAACACAAUCUCUCAGGGACCUGAGCAGGUCGAAGCACGAGAACAAGGGGAGAACUGGACAGAUGCUUAACUUAAUACGAAGGAAGAAUUCAGCCUUAGCCUCCACGGCCUUUGACAUUUAUGCAAACCUGGUGAGGAUGCCUUUCCCCACCAAGUUAGGCAGUUUUCUUUUGCCUUUUUACUGAAAAAAGAAAAAAAAAAUGGACACUCCCAGAGUCACCACUUCUCCAUCUCCGACCCUGUCUUGGCUUAGUGGAGGAGGGACAAAAGAUGGGAAGAGGGAGUGAUCUUCGCUGGCCCCAGAGCCCUCCCUCUGAAAGAGGUGAGGGCCUGGCCCAGAGCUUCCUGGGAUUUUUGUUUUUCUUCUUUUCAGUUGAAAAAAAAUUUUCUUUUCUCUUCCUCCUCUCCCUCUCUCCCCCCCUCCAAUUUCUGGGAGAAUUAGUCCUAUAAAUCAAGCACACAAUAGUAGUUUUGAAUCAAAGCACUUUUCAGAGACGGCUGCCCGUCCAUCCAUCUUACAGGGCAGGUGGCCGGCCUUCUGUCCUGCUGGUCACCACCUCACCAGUGGGCCUGCCCCUCCUGGAGCACAAGGCUCCUGUUUACAUGGCAGCAGUUCUCACUCUUUUGGGGUCUCUGACUGGCCUUCUCAGACUGGCAUGGGGGUCUGGUGUGCCCUCUUCCUUUGGGUCUUGAGGCUUCAGAAGGGGGACAGGUGGGUAAGGAUAGUAGUCCCUGGUCUUUGAAGGUCAGGACAAAGCACAAAAGGGAGGAGAGGGAUGAGCCUCCCUCUUGUUUCCCAACUUGGCUUCCCUUCAGGUGCUUCCUAUCAGUAGUGGAGAUUGGUGCCAAUGUGACCCUAGUAGGCCAGGAGGAAGGGACUCGUCCCCCUCCCUUCUCAGGGCAUCAGAAGCUGACUGAUGAGAAUGAAGAGAAAGGAUGUUGUGCUCUGUGGAUCUGGCUCUUCCCAGAUGCUGCUCUCCUCACUUCCUUGAGGCUAAGAUUUGCCACCACUCUUGGGGUUUUCUCUUUUUCUAGGGAAGAGGGAAGAUUUCAGCCCAGGCACAGGUACUGGCUUUUUGUCUUCACCUCUCUUAGCUUCACCCACUUGCUCCCUAGAGGCUGUAGGCUGAACAGGGUGGAGAGGAGGAGGGAUGCCUUUGGCCCCCUGGUACGACUCCUCAUUUGUACGUAUCCUUCUUUUCCUCCACCUCUGCUCCAUUUUGUGAUGCUCAUUUGGGGGAUGGCAACGGCAGGGGUCUGAUUGUGAGGUCAGUCUCACAUGCCAAAGGCAUCCUUAGACUAUUCUAAGAAUACACAUACCUCCCUGGGCUGUCCUUUGGUCCAACUGGGUGGGGAUUCACUGUCAUUUUGGCAGUCAGAGCAGUGGGAGAACAUGGGAACAAUCAAUGAUCUCAGCCUCCAGAAGUUAGGGGUGCCCUUCAGCAACUUGGGAUUUCCCCUUCAUAGUCUGACCUAGAUCUCAUUGACCACAGGUUUGAUUGAAACUCUCUUGAACCUGUUUUCAGGCUGGCAAAUCUUUCAGUGUAACCUGCGCUUUCAACAGAUUUGAAACCAUUUCAGAAGUGGUUUGGGGGUACUGUGAAGUAGAAGAGAAUGCACAUGGGACAGGGAAGGAGGGCUUUCCCAUACUGGAGGGAUGGUCCCUGUGAUUCUUUGCUUCACCGAGGCCUGGGUACCACCACCCAAACACUAGGUAGCUAUUGGCCAACUCUUCCUCCUUUAUUUUUUCCUUUGCCCCCAGGGCUGUGUUUGCUGAGCUUGGCUAAGCUCAGGCCUCUUAAAGGGACUACUGAGGGAGGAGUUUGACUCCAUAUCAAUGUCCUCAUCCUGUGGGUCAUCUGACCCCCAACCUCUCUACUGGCUGUCACAUACAAAGAGCAAAGAGAGGAGUCAGUAACCACUGUACUAUGCCAAGCUCUGCUCACAUCCUCCACAUGAGGGGAUGUAGGAGUAAACUUGAGGGGCAGUGGCUGAACUGCCAGCAGAACUGCUGGGGUUUGGGAGGGAGGGCUUUCUCCUGUUCCAUGUAAACUCAUGCCACCUGACCCUCCUUGCUCAAUUCUGUUACUGGAGUCCUGACCCUUCCUGUAAGGGUGCCUCUGAGAAUGCCCAGCUCUUUACUCACCCUUUCCUGGUUGGGCAGAGCACGGCAGUGGGGACCAAGAAGGGGGGAUAGGAAGGGAAGGGGCAAGUCCCUGCCUUAUCCCCUUGGGGAACCAAGCUGGACCUAGCACUAACCAAGAGACCAAAAGCCUCUGAUUUUUAUUGUUCUAUAGAAAUGUUAGAUAGAAAUAUAUAUACAUAUAUAUUUCUUUAAACAUUGACCUCACUUUGAUUGUUAAAAAAGCCAAAAAAAAAACACAAACCCACCCCAAUACCCCUGAAGACCUCAGUCCCUCUACCUUGACAAGUCUGAGUGAGCUACAAUGAAAAAACUCUGUAUGUUUUGGUUAAAAUGUUAAUUAUAUGAUUAAAGCUGAA